ACGAUCAAACAGAGAUUAUUUCUUCUUGUUUGCCUCGAUUUCAAGAAAUUUGAAAAACACCGCACGAUGGGGCUUGACGUGUCAGAUGAGUUGCUUAGCACUUUCGUUCCGAUUGCAGUAUACUGGGUCUACUCGGGUGUCUAUGUUCUACUCAGCUCGCUCGACAACUAUCGCCUGCACCCCAGGGGAGAUGAAGACAAGAAGAACAUUGUCUCUAAGUACACCGUCGUCAAAGGUGUUCUCGUUCAGCAAGCCAUGCAAAUCGCCAUCUCCCUCAUCCUCUUCACCGUGAUCGAGGGAGGAAAGGCUGAGACGCAUCCCCAGCCACCGCUGCACGUGAUCAUCAUGCAGUUUAUGGUCGCGAUGUUCGUAUUGGACACGUGGCAGUACUUUAUGCACCGAUACAUGCACAUGAACAAGUUCUUGUACAAGCACAUCCACUCCAAUCACCAUCGUUUGAUCGUCCCUUACGCCUACGGUGCUCUGUACAAUCACCCACUCGAAGGGCUACUGCUGGAUACGGUCGGCGGUGUGCUCUCCUUUUUGAUCUCUGGCAUGACUCCUCGAACGAGCAUCUUCUUCUUCUCGUUUGCGACGAUCAAGAGCAUCAAUGACCACUGUGGGCUCUGGCUCCCGGGGAAUCCCCUCAACUUGUUGUUUGACAACAACAGUGCUUAUCAUGAUGUGCACCAUCAGCUGUAUGGAAAUAAGUAUAAUUUCUCGCAGCCGUUCUUUGUCGUUUGGGACCGAGUUUUGGGGACCUACAUGCCGUAUACCUUGGAGGAGAGGAAGGAGGGGGGACUUGAGGCUAGGCCAAUUAAGGACUAAUUAGAUUAAUUAGGAUAUUAUCUUUUAUGGGACUGGCGUUAUUAUCAUUAUGAAUCUAGAGACGUGUGCCUAUAGUUUUGUACGGUGACGAGAGAAGUCGCCAAGUUUGAAAAACACAAUAUGCUAUGACAGUGGACAGAAAGUAUA